AUGAAGUUCCUCCAGCUCCUCGCUGCCGCCAGCCUCGUCGCCGCCCUCCCCACCGUCCCGGCUGAGGCCGAGAACGCCGUUGAGAUUGAAGCUCGUGAGCUCGAAAUCGAGGCCCGCCAGCUCUCUUCAACCCGCAACGAGCUUGAGAGGGGCAGCUCGUCCAACUGCCCGCGCGUCAUCUUCAUCUUUGCCCGCGCCUCGACCGAGCCCGGCAACAUGGGCAUCUCGGCCGGCCCCAACGUCGCCGAUGGCCUCGAGUCCCGCUACCGCGGCCGCCUCUGGGUGCAGGGCGUGGGCGGCCCCUACACGGCUGGCCUGGCCGAGAACUUCCUCCCCCGGGGCACGUCGCAAGCCGCCAUCGACGAGGCCAAGCGGCUCUUCACGCUAGCCAACCGCAAGUGCCCCAACGCGGCCAUCGUCGCGGGCGGGUACAGCCAGGGCACCGCCGUCAUGGCCGGCGCCGUCAGCGAGCUGUCGACCACCAUCAAGAACCAGAUCAAGGGCGUCGUUCUGUUUGGAUAUACCCGGAACUUGCAGAAUGGCGGGCGCAUUCCGAAUUUUGAUAGUGAUAAGACCGAGGUGUACUGCAACGUGUCGGAUGCCGUCUGCUGGGGCACGCUGUUCAUCGCGCCGGCGCACUUCUUGUACACGACUGAUUCGAGCGUGAGCGCCCCGGCCUGGCUGGCCAGGCAGAUUGGCAACUAG